AUGAAUACUGGAGAUGCCCGAUGUUUCCAACGAACUGUACGGCGUUCCAUCGACAACUCCCAACCAAUUGUCGAACUAUUCUACGUGACACCUCAUCAGUGCAUUGAUCACUGUAUCUAUGUUACCAACAACAAUCCAUCCCGGGCGAAACUGUGCCUCUGUUUCGUAUACGAUUAUCUGCAACACAGCUGUCGCCUGUACGACCACGACGGCAAUCAGCCACCGGCAAUUCUGCAUCCAGCUGAAAAUUAUGACUAUUUCAAGCGGACAGCUACUUUGAAUCAGUGCGCUGGACCCGGAUCUCCUACUACAUCGGCAAACUCAAAAUCAUCCAGCAACGGCACUUACUGGCUUAAGUUAACAUCAACUGGCAGCAAGUCGCAACAGUCGCAAAUUUUCUUGAGAAAUUCCAAUGCCGUUCGUGAGGCGGACCAAAAAAAACUCUCAGACGUGUUCAUUACUUCGAGUCCGUCAUUUCUCACAGGUAAUAAUUUCCUGAAAACAGUAAGUCAUGUGACUCUUAGGAAAUAUGACUUUUAA